GACUGGCCCCAGCCCCAUGGCAUCGCCCCGGAGGGCGCCGCGCGGGUCCCCUCCCGACGGCGGCUGGGGAUGGAUGAUUGUGGCCGGUUGCUUCCUUGUCACCAUCUGCACCAGGGCUGUGACAAGGUGCAUCUCCAUUUUUUUUGUGGAGUUCCAGACAUACUUUGGUCAGGAUUAUGCCAGAACGGCUUGGAUCCAUUCCAUUGCAGACUGUGCCACAAUGCUCUGUGCCCCACUCGGGAGUCUGAUCAGUAAUCAUGUGUCCUGCCAAGUUGGUAUCAUGUUAGGAGGGCUGCUUGCAUCUACGGGACUAAUUUUGAGUUCAUUUGCCACCAGUCUGGAACAUCUCUACUUAUCGUUAGGAGCCCUUACAGGACUUGGGUUUGCACUCUGUUAUUCUCCAGCCAUUGCCAUGGUGGGCAAAUAUUUCAACCGAAGAAAAGCGCUGGCUUAUGGAAUAGCCAUGUCAGGAAGUGGAAUUGGAACCUUCAUCUUGGCCCCAGUGGUCCAGCUUUUAAUUGAGCACUUUUCCUGGCGUGGAGCACUACUCAUCCUGGGAGGUUUGGUUCUAAACCUCUGCGUCUGUGGUGCCUUGAUGCGGCCUAUUGCUCUCAAAGAGGACAGUAAAACUGCUCCUGAGUUUCUCGAACAGGAUUAUGUCCCUGAUGCACAGAAACAAGACUUAAAGCAAAUGUCCAAUUGUUCAUCUUUAAUCAAAGCAUGGUCCCGCGAAAGUUUAUGCUACUGCUCAUGGAAAGAAUAUGACUUUUUACUGAUGCCAGGCUUCAUGGUGCUGGCAGUGUCAGUUUUAUUUAUGGCCUAUGGCUGUAGCCCUCUUUUUGUCUACUUAGUGCCUUAUGCUUUGACUGUUGGAGUGAGUCAUCACCAGGCUGCCUUCCUCAUGUCCAUACUUGGUGUCAUUGAUAUUGUUGGUAAUAUCACCUUUGGAUGGCUAACAGACAGAAGGUGUCUGAAGAAGUACCGUCACUUCUGCUACCUCUUUGCCGUGGGAAUGGAUGGCCUCUGUUGUCUUUUCCUGCCAGUUCUCCAAAACUUCUCUUUGCUUGUGCCUUUUUCAUUUACCUUUGGCUACUUUGAUGGAGCCUACGUAACACUGAUCCCUGUUGUGACAGCAGAUGUAGUGGGAACUUCUUCCUUAUCAUCAGCUUUGGGUGUCGUGUAUUUUCUGCAUGCCAUUCCAUACCUAGUGAGCCCACCUGUUGCAGGUUGGCUUGUGGAUACAACUGGCAGCUAUACUGCAUCAUUCCUCCUGUGUGGAUUUUCUAUGAUAUUUAGUUCAACAUUAUUGUGCUUUGCAAGGGUAGCAAAGAAAAUCAAAAAAACAUGUUUGCAGUCACUUACCAAUGAUGCCAACACCAAACAGCACAUCGGGACAAAUGGAGCGAUAGCUUAUUCUGUCACAGGAGAAUUAGACCAAAAGGAUGUUGAAUUUUUGGCUGUCGAUGCAAACAGCUACAGCAACAGAUGACAAGUGCCAUCACUGAGCACAGUGCAGCCAGAGG